GGAGAAAAAAAAUGUUACGACAAGCUGGUAAUCGAUUGAAUAGACUUGGAAUGUUUGCAUCGGCAUUGGUUCCAUUCGAUAACGAUGAUGAUGAUGAUGACGAUGAUUAUGAUGAUAGUCGAUCAAAUAGAUCGAGCCGAAAACAACGAUCAAAGAAUAUUUCCGAUGAUGAUCAUUUUGGUGGAUCAUCAAAUGGUCAUACAUUACGAUCAUUACGUUGGGUAAUUCUAGUAUUCCUAUUCAUCAUGAUAUUCAUGUCAUUGCAUAUCUAUACUGAAGAUCUAAAAUAUCUAGAAGAUCGUAAACAACAACAUCGUCAUAGUGGUAAUCGUUCAGUACCAUUAGUAUUUGUCAUGUCAACAAUGUUGUUGAUUGGUCUCGGUUUUUAUGGUGUUUAUCAUGUUAAAAUGUACUAUACAUUCAUAUUUGCAAUUUUAUUGUCCAUUCUGUUGACUAUGAAAAUGAAUACUGAUUAUUGGCAACAGAAUAGCCUUAAUUCAAUUAUGUUUCAUAUUACACAUUUUGUCACAUUAUUCUGUACAUGGGCAUUUUCAUGUCUUGGUGCAUGUCAUUUUUGUUGAUGAUAAAAAUUUUUUU